AUGCUACUCGAUCAGAAAUCGUUUAUUCUGUUGUUGCAGGUUAGAAAAUUUGCUCAGAUUUGUGCUGUGAAGGUCUUCCGUUCUUUUGAAUCCGAAAAGGUCAAAGAAUGUGCAAGUGAAUUGGUACUACAAAUGUUCACUUCCCAUGUGUCUUUACCCAUAGACGAAUCAAGUUCAGCGGAUACAGUAGAUCCAUGCAUUCUUCACAUGAUGGAUGUGAUGAGAUUCCUAAUACCUGAUUUACCACCAAAUUUCGCAUCAAAAGCAAUUCGAGCAUUACCUAAAGGAGCCAAGUCCUCAAUGGUGAUGAGGCGUAUUUUAGAUUUCAUGGAGAUUCUACUUGAAUACUUUGAAAAUGAUCCGAGCUUACACCGAUAG